GCUGGCGGGCCUCGUUCUGAACAUACUUGGGCCUGAAAUUAUGGCCUCUUUCACUUUGUCCAAUAACGAAAGCCCAACAACUAAAUUUAAAAGCCAGCUAGCAACGCUCACAGUCACAGCUCACUUUCCCACUCCCACCCUCUGUUUCUCAUUUCAUCACUCUGCCGUCAAAAAUCUCUCUCUGUUUGCUCUUAGAAGUUAGAACUCUUUAACGACGAUGAGGAUCCUGCUGGAAGAAAGGCUGAGCGACGCUCUGGCACCCGAAGCCUCCGCCGCGGCGUCGGCGGCCAUGGCACAGACUUCAUCAGGGGAGGCAGGCCGAUAUUAUUCACAGAAAUCAAUCGAAACGCUGGUGGUGGUGCUGGCGGCGAUCACCAUCGUCGCGGUGUUCGCCGGGAUGGUGGCGCGCCUCUGCGGUGGGAGGCAUUUGAGCAGCCGCGAGCAUGACGUUGAAGGAUGGGUCGAGAGGAAGUGCCGGAGCUGCAUCGACGGCGGCGUCACCGCCGUCCCUCCUCCCGCUCCGGCGCCGCCUGCGGCGGCGGAGGAACCCGCCAAACCCGCACCGGAAGCGAAACCAGCUGCGGAAGAGCCAAAGAAGUGACAAAAACUGCGGCGUCUUUUGGAGUCGUAUUAUCGACUUCUAAUGUAUGUGUGAUUUUGAUUCUUGUGUAAAAAUGCGGAGGAGUUCAUUAAUUAAUUUUGAUCGCAGUGUUCUACUUCCCUUCUCGCUUCUUCUUACUUAGUUACUUCAAAUUUAAGUUUGGGAAGAAUUAACAUUGCAGAUUGACUUAUUAUCGUAAUAAGCUAAGCAAGCAUUUUUCCAGACUCCAGAGGCUAAAUUACUUGUAUUAUCGAAACAUUUCAAGUUUUGCUACCCACAACAUUUCUUCAAUGUCAAGCAAGCAUAAAAGGUAAUGUAACAG